ACCAACAAAAGAAAACGUAAAUAGAUAAACCCGGUAGUACUUGAACAGUUGAGCGUUCGCCAAUAAAAGCUCCUUGGCUAACCCUAUUUUCUCUUCUUAUCCAUUUCUUUUUCCCUACUCCCUUCUAGAUCUCCAGAAAUACUUCCCACUUCCCAUUUCUACUCCUGGGUCCUGCCUGAUCUUAUAGCUUCAUUAAAUUCUCUUCACAUCCUUCAUAUAUACUUUAAUUUGUUCUUCACCUAGUCCGAUCAGCCCAUCAUCAAGUGUAAACAACUCAUGAGAUAGCUAGCUUUACCGUGUGGAAAGUACAAACCGGUUAUACGGAAAGCUUAGAAAGGUGGAUCGAAGACAUGGGAAGAGACCUUUUCCUUCCGAAGCAUCGGAGGAGAAAGAGGAAGCCCACAUCUUCCCUGCCUACGCCGCCUCUCGUUCUGAGCAAGACAUGUCGGCCAUGGUAUCUGCCCUCGCCCAUGUCAUCGGAACUCCCGACGAUAAGUCGGAUCAGGUGCAAGCAAACCAAAUAGUCGUACAGAAGUCUGGCAUGAGAGAACAGGACGCAUCACAACCUGCUCAGGAUCAAGGAAACUCAAGUCGAAGACACUACAGAGGAGUAAGACAAAGACCAUGGGGUAAGUGGGCAGCCGAGAUACGUGACCCAAAAAAGGCAGCUCGAGUAUGGCUUGGCACCUUUGACACGGCCGAGGAUGCGGCGGUUGCUUAUGACCAGGCGGCUCUCAAGUUCAAAGGAACCAAAGCCAAGCUUAAUUUCCCUGAGCGAGUUCAAGGGAGGACUGAGUUGAGCUAUUUUAUAGGCCAUCGUGACUCGGCCUCUGCUCGUGUUCCAACUCCAAACCCAGUAGUUUUCCCUCCUAGUCUGUCACAAGAAACGUACCCAGACCUCCUCCACUACGCACAACUACUUUGCAGCAGAGACGAGGAUUUACCGCUUGUUACGCCCAAUCUCUAUGGUCUGGAAUCGUUUGGUUCACAGCCUUCAUUUUCGUGGGAAAUGUCGUCGUCUUCUACAUCUUCAACGAUGUCUCAAGAACAGCAGGAGCAGCAGCAGCAGCCACCAGAGCUGCCAAGGUUUUCAUCGCAGAUCAGUGGCUCUUAUUCUGGCUCUGAGCAAUGGAGGAGCACUCAAACCAGAUAUCCAAAUGAUCACCAAUGAGAGGAGAUACAUCAUACAAGGGAAUUUGGAGUAAUUUAUUCAUCGUCAUGUUGUUGUAAGACAUUUUUUUUAAUUAAUUAAGAUCUUUCUUAAUUUCGACUUUACA